AUGCGGUUUGCUCGAAACCGGGAGGUGGCGCUUAAGAGCUGCGUGGUGGGCAAAUCGGUGAACCAGCUGCGCAGCCAGCGCAACGCGGAGGUGCAGAGGCGCGCAAAGCGGUUGGUGGAGGUUUGGAAGAAGCGCGUGGACGAGACGCUCGCGGAGAACAUGGGGCGGAAGAGCGCAGGGGGAGGGGGGAGCCCGGGGGGGAGUGCAGGGGGAGGGGGAACGGGAGCCGCAGCAAACGUAGGUACAGCAGCAACUGGAGGGACAGCAGCUUCAGGAGCAGAAGCAGGGACAGGGGGGGCGGGUGCGAAAAAAGGGACACCCGUUAUAGUCACACCUGUGGCCGCAUCACCCCUGCGACCGUCCGCUGUUCCCUCCCCUGCGUCUUCGCCAACCCAGCUCACAGCAGGCUCGGGGCAGCUUCGGGCUGCCAAACCUAGUGGCUCGGCAGCGGACGGGGGAGACGUCAGUGGGACGCCCGGGGCGGGGAGAGGGCGAGGGGGAGGCGGAUCGGGGGAAGGGGGGCGGCCGCCCCCUUCCCCCCUGUCCGUUCCGGGGGGCAGUCCCAGGGGCCGGGGGGAGUCGCAGGUUUCGCCUGGGAGCCUGCGAAGUGGUAACCAGAAGGGUCACGCGAGUGGGUUACCAAAAUCGGGUGGGAGUGGAAGCAAGGUGGUGAGUCCAAGAGGAGUAGGCUCGGCAGGCAAAGGGACAGGAACGGAACGGGCGGAGGGUAAGGUUUCUGGGGUGGGAGGAGGGGAGAAGGGAGAUUCUGCGGAGGAGGAAGCGGGAGAGGAGAAGAAGAGAGCGGAGAGGGAGGAACGAAGAAGUGGGCAUUUGCAAGCGGAGGAAGAGAGAGAGAGGGAGAAGGAGAAGGAGAAGGAAAAGGAGGAGAAGAAGGAGAAGGAGAAGAAGGAGAAAGAGAUGGAGAAGGAGAAGGAGAAGGAAAAAGAGGGGAAGAAAGCGGGGACGGGGAGCAAACCAGGGAAAGGGGUUCUGAAAGAGGAGGGCGUUGUGGCCGGCCGUGAGCCGUCAAAAGCAGAAAGAUCAGCGGAAAGAGAUGGUGCUGCCGCGUCUGCUGUGGGUUCUGUUGCCGCUGAGUCGUCUGAUGGGCAAGGGAAGCUGCAGGAGCGAGCUGGUUCGAGCAAACCGCAGGGAGAGGCUGUGCCUUCGCAAGAGACGGAGAAUGAGGAGAAGGAGAAGCGGAGGGAAAGGAGGGAGGGGAAGGAAGGAAAGGAGGGGAAGGAUCAAGAGGAUGGAAAGGAGGAUAAGGAAGGGAAGGAGGAAAGGGAGGUGGAGGCCAGAAGAUUCUCACCAGGGGAGGCGGAGAGACCGCGGUUGGCUGAGGAGGGAACGGCAAAGGAAGGCGAAGGGGUGGAGGGGGAAGACGGAGAGAACGAGCGUGGGGAGAAGGCGGAGAAAGGGGCUGAAUUCGCGGGGAGGAGGGAGGGGGGCGAAGGAGCUAGUGGUGUCAAGGAAACAGAGUCGGGCUUGGAGGAAACACUGAAUGGAACGAGAGGGAAGCCAGAAGAAGGAGAAGGGCGGGCGGAUAGGGAUGGGUCCAGGGCAGAGCAAGAUACGAACAGCAAGGCAGAGUGUGAUACGAAGCACAAGGCAGAUCGAGAUACAAAGAGCAAGGCAGAUUUGCUUGUCAAGGGCAUGGGCGAGAGUGCGUUGGAUGGGGCAGUUGCAGGGCGAGAGUGCGUGGGUGGUGGCGCUGCCGCUGGUGCCUUGCUUGCUGAGGGGGCGGCUGUGGAAGCAGCAGGGGGUGGGGGGGUUGCAGGAGGGAUUGCGGUUGGGGCUGCAGGUGGGGUGGCAGGGAGUGAAAAGGAGGAGAGGAGCAAGCAACAGUGGGAGACGGGGAGGGAUGGGGAAGCGGGGAAUGAUGAGAUGGGGGGAGAGAUUAGAAGUGCUGGCGCGGUUGUCAGUGGUGGUUCUGGUGGUGCUGGUGCUGCUGGUGGUGCUGGUGCUGCUGGUGCUGCUGGUGCUGCUGGGGCUGCUGGUGCUGCUGGUGGUGCUGGUGCUGCUGGUGGUGCUGGUGCUGCUGGUGGUGCUGGUGCUGCUGGUGGUGCUGGUGCUGCUGGUGGUGCUGGUGCUGCUGGUGGUGCUGGUGCUGCUGGUGCUGCUGGUGCUGCUGGUGGUGCUGGUGCUGCUGGUGGUGCUGAUUCUGGUGGUGGUCGUGAUGGUGGGGACGCAAGGCAAGAUUCUGGUGACGUGGGUAGUGGGAGAAGGAGUGGGGGAGGCCGACAGGAGGGCAGGAGGAAUGCUGAGAACCAAGCGGCAAGUCCUGUUAGUGGCGAGCAGACACAGGGGGAUCGGCUGAGCGAGGGGAAUGCUGCAGAGGUGUCAGGAGGGGUAGGGAAGGGUUGGGGUGGGAGGAGGGAGCAAGAGAGAUUGGGUGCUGAGUGCAAGGAGCGGGAAGCUUCUGGGAAUGGUCCUGCGGAGGGGCGUGGUGAGUUUGAGGGCGCGAAGGAAAGUGAGCAGAGGAAGGGAAGAGAGGGAGUGAGAGAAAGAGACGGGGGGAGAGAAAGGGAGGCGGGGAGAGAAACGGAGGGUGUGAGAGAGAGGGAGGGUGUGAGAGAGAGGGAGACCGAUCCUGGCCCUGGGAGUGGAGGAGGGCAGAGGGCUGACGUGGCGAUGGCAACUGGUGGAGGGCGGCAGUUCUCGGACUAUCUGCCGCCCAGAAGAAGAGGGCUGGACAGCGAUCGGCCCCGUGCCCCCACUGGCUCAAGCAUAGUCACAGGCAGGCGAUCGGCUGUGAUUAUAAAGGGCACCGUCAUCCCCUCGCCACUCUCCCACCGGCCAGUUAAGAAAGUCAAGGCAGUCAAGAUGGCCGCCGUUGCCUCUGUCAUGGAAGCUUCCCGCCCCAGCACCCUCCCUUCCUCCCCCCCUCACUCCACCCACGAGCCCACACUCCACCCCCUCACGUCCUCUCUCUCAUCUCUCUCCUCCCCUCCUCGCGCCCCUCCCCCCUCCUCUCCUCUGCUCUCUCGGAUCCCCAAGGGGAGGCGGUCCCCUGUUCCUUGGUUGCCCAUGGGGGGUUCUAGGGGUGCGUCUCCUGCUGUUUCCGAGGGGGACGGGGGUGAGGCAGAAAGGAGGAGUCCCAAGGGGUUGAGUGAGAUUGCGAGUGGGUUGAGAGGGCUGGCGGGCGGCGGCAACUGCAACAGUGCAGAUGCGGACGAGGAUCCGCCGCCCACCGAGACUGCUACAGUGCUGGCGUCGCUGAUGAGCGUGGCGGGUGCAGAGCCGGCUGAUCCGGGGGAGGUGCCAUCUGGGGGAGGCGCUGAGGGUAGUGGUGGCGGGGGCAGAAAAUUAGGGUUUGGGGGCCUGACUGGGCGUUUGAGUGAGAAGGUGAGUGGGCGGGCGAGCAGGGAUGGGGAGUCAAGGGUCGGGCAAGAGAGAGGAAUGAUGGAGGAGCGGGGAGAGACGGGAGGAAUGGUAGGGAUAGGAAGUGGCAGCACGGGUGGAGGCAUGGGAAAGAGCAUAGGAGGGGGCAUAGGAGGGGGCAUAGGAGGGGGCAUAGGAGGGGGCAUAGGAGGGGGCACGGGAGGGGGCAUGGAGGAUGGGCCAAGUGCGGAUCAGCUAGCGAUUGAAUGCCUUCUGAAAGCUGCAGAAGCGAAGGACGAAGGGGAGGGGGGGUUCACUGAUGGUAACCUGGGCAGCAGAGGGAGACUGGAGGACGGGACAGCGGCAGAUGUGAAGGGGGAGGUAGGUUUGGCUUCAGGAGGGGCAGCAGCAGCUGGGGAAGCAGCAGCAGCAGCAGGGGUUGCAGACGCAGCUGUGAAACCAGAAGCAGGAGCAGGGGCAGGGGCAGGGGCAGGGGCAGGGGCAGGGGCAGGGGCAGGGGCAGCAGAUUCAGAGGAUGAAGAGGAGUUGAGUGUGGCAGCAGUUUUGGCGUCUGGUAAGUGGCAGGGCAAGGGCCGGCAAAACGGCCAACUGAUUUCCAGUUCUGGUCGCUCUGAUACCAUUCCGACGGCCUCUGCUCUCGCCUCUGCUGCUGCUGCAGCAGCUGCAGCCAGUGCUGCCCUGCACGCCGCUUCCCUGUCCUCUGCCCUGCCCUCACACCCUUCCCCCCUGUCAUCCCCUCCUCUCUCCCACCGCUCCUCCCUGUCUGCUUCUUCUCUCCCUGCCGCCUUGCAAAGUCCCUGGCGGGCGGCUCUUGCUGCUGAGAUCGAGAGGGAGAAGAGCGAGGGGGCAUGGGUGGCCGGAUCAGAUAUUGUGGUAGGCUCUGGGGCAGGCGCAGUGGCAGGGAGGGCGGAAGGGAGAGAGGCAGAGGGAACGGGGAUAGCUGGAGAGGGAGAAGGGGAGAAGCAAGUGAGGAUGCCUGUUGCUAAGAGGCUGAAGGUGUGUGGUGAUGGGGAUACUGACAGUGUGGGGAGUGGGGGAGUGGGGGGUAAGAGGGGGAAAGGGGGUGGGAAGAAGGGGGAAGAAGGGGAGAGGGCAGUGGACGGGGGUAGGAAGGAAGCAGGGGAGAGGAAGGAAGAGGGGGGAGAGAAGAAGGAAGGGGGCGAGAAGGUGAAGGUAACAAGGAAGAGGACCGGAGCAGGGGCGUCAAAGACAGGAGGGGAAGGGGCACGGAAAGCUGGAGUGGGGAAACCACGUGGGCUGGUUAGAACCAAGGAUGGGUCUGCAGCAGCAGCACCUGCAGCGGUAGCAGCAGAAGCAGCAGCAACAGCAGCAGCAGCAGGACGAGGAGCAGCAGCAGCAGCAGCAGCAGCAGGAGGAGCAGCAGCAGCAGCAGGAGGAGGAGGAGGAGCAGCAGCAGCAGCAGCAGCAGCAGCAGCAGCAGCAGCAGGAGGAGGAGGAGGAGGAGGAGCAGCAGCAGCAGCAGUAGCUUCUGCAGGAGCUGUGGCAGGGGCUGCGGUUGAGGUAGUGAAAGAGGAGAAGCAGGACGGUGCAGGGGAGGCGGGUGGGAAAGUGGGGACACCAAAGAAGCAGGGCAAGCAGGAGAAGGAGGAAAGGCAGGAGGAUAUUCCACUGCGGCCGGUGCGGCUACAGGGGGGGCUGGUGGGACAAAGAGGAAGGCAAGCAGAGCAAAGAAAUCUCCCGACAAAGCUCUCAGCAGCAGCAGCAGCAGCAGCAGCAGCAGCAGCAGCAGCAGCAGCAGCAGCAGCAGCAGCAGCAGCAGCAGCAGCAGCAGCAGCAGCAGCAGCAGCAGCAGCAGCAGCAGCAGCAGCAGCAGCAGCAGCAGCAGCAGCAGCAGCAGCAGCAGCAGCAGCAGCAGCAGCAGCAGCAGCAGCAGCAGCAGCAGCAGCAGCAGCAGCAGCAGCAGCAGCAGCAGCAGCAGCAGCAGCAGCAGCAGCAGCAGCAGCAGCAGCAGCAGCAGCAGCAGCAGCAGCAGCAGCAGCAGCAGCAGCAGCAGCAGCAGCAGCAGCAGCAGCAGCAGCAGCAGCAGCAGCAGCAGCAGCAGCAGCAGCAGCAGCAGCAGCAGCAGCAGCAGCAGCAGCAGCAGCAGCAGCAGCAGCAGCAGCAGCAGCAACAGCAAGGGCAGCAGCAGAAGCAGCAGGAGGAGAAGCCGGCUGA